AUGCUGUUUAUCAGUGCCUUAGCGAUCGGUAUGAUUACUGGUUUACAGAAUGUUACGACGGACGUGCCGACGACGGACAGUGACAUCGUUUCAACUACCGAAGACAUGGGCCUGUUGGAGCCUACGAAGUUGUCGCCUCCAGUGAGCGAUUUAGUCAACGUGACGAUACAUGAUCGGCCAGCAAUGUGGGAUGUAUAUUUACACCACUGUCCGAAGUGGCGGCCGAUCAAUCAUAUAUUCUUCCAAGUGGCCAAUAUCUGCUUCCUGCUGUCAUUCCUGGCUCCCCAUACAGCCACUGGGCUGAUCUGGUUGCGGGUUGCGUUGAUCCUGGGAUGCGCGUUCUCGGGAAUGUGGGCCUGGAGUGUUGAGUGCUAUUUGGAUGCUGUGCUAUGGAACUGUGCAUUUAUAGUGAUUAACUUUGUGUAUUUCGCUGUGCAGUUCUAUUUGAUGCGGCCUAUAAAAUUUCACAAGGAUAUUGAAGAGGUGUACGUGGCGCUGUUCAAGCCCCUGCGCGUCUCCAGGCGGCAGUUCCGUCGCGUGCUGAUGUGUAUGCGAAACGUGCGUCACUUAAAGUGCCAUGAGCUUUACGCGCACGAGAAAGUGACCAAGGUGGACAGCCUUUCGCUUGUGCUGUCCGGCAAACUGGUGGUGUCACAAAACCAGCGCGCCCUCCACAUUGUGUUCCCGCACCACUUCUUAGAUUCGCCUGAGUGGUUCGGCGUCUCUACGGACGAAUAUUUUCAGGUGUCAAUAAUGGCGAUGGAGGAGUCUCGCGUGCUGGUGUGGCAUCGGGACAAACUGAAGCUGUCUAUCAUGUCCGACGGUUUCUUGCAGGCCGUAUUCGAUCACAUACUAGGCCGAGACGUCGUUCACAAGCUUAUGCAGGUGAGCGAAACGAUGGCAGUGAGUAAUGGUCACCUGCCAAACAGUUACGAGGAGGGUGAGGACAAGCCCAUGCUGGUGGUGAAGAAGGCAGGCGAUGGACCAGGCAUCACCGCGCUGCUGAACAGACAGUUGCAGGCGACAGAUCCCAACGCAUGGCGAUUGGGCCGAAUCGAAGAGACCGAUCACGAAACGCCCGUUUGA